AUGUACGAGUCCCUUGGAAUUGACUCAGACGAUCCUUACUCCGAUGACGAUGAUGAUGACGAUGACAUGUACGGGUAUUUCGACCCGCUUCAUUACAUGAUGAAUGCGCUUGGCAUUGAUUCAGAUGAAUCAUCCGAUGAUUGGGAUUCGAUCUACCAAGCAUUCCCUGGUGGAUACACUUACAAAGGAUACACCUUUUACAAUUGGUGA